GUUCAGUCCGCUCUACAGUUUGUUUGGUGCGUGUUGUCUGUGGAAUUUUGUGGUCGGUUUUUAAGAACUUGCGAGUUUUUGGCAUUUCUUCGAAGAGUGGCAAGUGUAAAUUUUUGUAUUGAUAGUCGGACAUCUGAAAAUAACCUGAUAUAAGGAUAAUCAACCAGGUUGAAAAUGUUAUUGUUUACAGGGGCAUUAUAUGCCCUUCUUCUCAAUUUGGUCAGCUGUCAAAGUGUGACCGAAGUGCCAACGACGUCAGCUGUGUAUACUGUGAUAGCUCCUGCAAAAUUGCGUCCCAAUGUUCCAUUUCAUGUGAGUGCGUCUGCGCAUAACGUCCUAGCUCCUAUAGACAUGAAAAUUGGCAUUGAAGGUCCUGCAGACAAUGGACAGUACAAUAGUAUAGGAAAACAAAUUACACUCAAUUCAGGUGAAACACAGAUUUUGAACUUCGAGAUUGGCGAGUGGAGUUCUGGAAAUUAUAGUCUGAUUGUGACUGGAGAAGGAGGCAUGACUUUCAAGAAUCAAACAGUGCUUAUGUAUGAGCAUAAAAGUUACUCAGUUUUCAUUCAGACGGAUAAAGCAAUCUACAAGCCUGGACAGUUAGUGCAAUUCAGAGUUCUUGUUGUGAAUCCACACUUAAUGCCCUACACAACCGGACCAAUAAACAUGUUCAUAAUGGAUGCAAGUGGCAAUAGAAUAAAACAGUGGAAUAGAUCAUUUGGAGUAAAAGGUACAGUCUCUGCAGAUCUAUUGCUGUCAGAUCAACCAGUUCUUGGUGAAUGGUCAAUCAAUGUUGAUAUUUUGGGUCAAAUGUUCAAGAAGACAUUCACAGUUGCAGAAUAUGUUCUUCCCAAUUUUGAAGUCCAAGUUACCUUGCCACCGUAUGUUACAUACAGCAAACCAGAUUUCCUAGCAACUGUAACUGCAAAAUAUACAUAUGGCAAACCUGUUAAAGGUCAUGCUAAGUUGAUCGUGAAACCAUCAUUGCGGUAUGGCUACUUGGCUAAUGAAAACAAGCCUGCAAUCACUGAAGCUGAAAUUGAUGGGUCCAUUGACAUUCCAAUGAAUCUGGUUCGAGAUUUAGGUUUGAAAGAAGACACCUUGACGCUAGAAAUUGAUGUGGUUGCCGAAGUUGAAGAGUAUCUAACAAAGAGAAAAUAUAAUGCAACAAGUGUCAUAAAGGUGUAUGACAGAGACAUCAAAGUUGAAUUGGUGAAAUCAUCAGAAUCUUUCAAGCCUGGUUUAAAGUAUACUGCCCAUCUUAAAGUCUGCUACCAAGACGACACUCCUGUAGUUGUCACUAAUGGUGACCAAAUAGUUCUGAAGUACGGUUACACUUAUGAUGAAAGAGAAUGGGAUUCCCGGAGAAUUUCUGUUCCGAACAAUGGAAUGCUGAGUGUUGAUUUCUACCCACCUGUGAACCAGAAUGCCACCUCUUUGAGUAUGAGUGCGGAAUUUAGAGGACUGCAGUACCACUUGGAAAAUAUCGAAGCUGCAAUGUCUCCCAGCAACAGCUACAUUCAAGUUUUGUUGAGAACUGAAAAUCCUACUGUGGGCAAAGAAAUUGAACUUGAGAUUAAUGCUACUGAACCAUUGUCUCAACUUGUUUAUGAGGUUCUAGGGCGUGGAAAUAUUUUGCUAGCAAAUGCUAUUGAAAUACCUAAUGUGAAAACCUAUCGCUUUUCAAUUCCUGUCACAUAUAAAAUGGCACCAAAAGCUAGAGUUGUGAUAUUCUACGUCAGGCAAGAGAAUAACGAAAUUGUUGCUGAUGCAGUCAACUUCGAUGUUUCUGGAGUAUUUAGAACACCAGUUACUGUCAGCACCAAUGUAAAAGAAACCAAACCAGGAGCACGAGUUAAUGUUACUGUGGAUACAAAUCCAAAUGCUCUUGUUGGAUUGCUUGGAAUUGAUCAAAGUGUUUUGUUACUAAAAUCUGGAAAUGAUAUUACACACUCAGAUGUGAUAACUGAAUUGGAAACUUACGAUGGUGGGAAGAAGAGACGUUACAAUUCUUUCUAUCGCAAGAAACGUUCAUUAUGGUGGCCAGGAUCAGCUACUGCUCAUGAAGUUUUUGAUGACUCUGGAGUUGUUGUUCUAACUAAUGGCCUUGUGUACAGAUUUGUCCAAAUGAUUAUGUACAGAUCCUUCCACCCAUUGGCUGAAAGCUUGGAUGAUGAACUAAGUGCUGUUGAUACAAUGACCUACAAUCAAGGAAAUGGAUGGGGUGGAAAGCCCAGAGUUCGCAAGCAUUUCCCAGAAACUUGGAUAUGGGAUCUUGCUUCAGCUGGAAAUGACGGCAAAAUGUCUCUUUCAAAAAGUAUUCCUGACACAAUAACUUCAUGGGUUAUCUCUGCAUUCUCAAUGGAUACUGUGACUGGUCUGGGCAUAGCUCCUGAAAAUGCAAAGGUUACUGUAUUUAGGCCUUUCUUCGUGAAAUUAAACUUGCCCUAUUCUGUCAUCCGUUCAGAAUCUUUGUACCUAGAAGUUAUUGUAUUCAAUUACAACAAGAAAACAAUGAAGGCUGAUGUCACAUUAGAAAAUCGUAAUGAUGAAUUUGAAUUUACGAUAGCAGGAAAUGAAAUUUCUCCUACUAAAGAUCAAAUGACAAAAACUGUAGAGGUUCCCGCAGAAAAUGGAGUAUCUGUAAUGUUCCUGAUCACUCCAAAAGUCUUGGGUUACAUUGAACUCAAAGUAACUGCUGUGGCUGACAAUUAUGGAGAUUCAGUUGUCAGAAAAUUGCUUGUUAAGCCUGAAGGAUCACCUCUUUAUUUCAACAAAGCUCUUCUAAUGGAUUUGAGGGAUCCAAGUUCAAAGAUAAUCAAUGAAACUGUUCAAAUUCCGAUUCCCAAAAAUGCUGUAUCUGGAUCUACUUCAGUCUCUUUAUCUGCAAUUGGUGAUUUGUUGGGUCCUACUGUCAACAAUUUGGACAAAUUAUUAAGAAUGCCUCAUGGUUGUGGUGAACAGAAUAUGUUGAACUUUGUUCCGAAUAUUGUCAUAACAAAAUAUCUGCAAAGAGCAAAUAAGCUGACACCAGAAAUUAAGAAAAAGUCCCUCAACUUUAUGGAAAGUGGUUAUCAAAGGGAAUUGACAUACAGAAGAAAUGAUGGUUCAUUCAGUGCCUUUGGAAAUAGUGAUAAAAAUGGAAGUACGUGGUUGACUGCAUUUGUUGUGCGAUCUUUCCACCAAGCCAAAGAAUUCAUUGACAUUGACGAUAAUAUUAUGUCUUCAUCCCUGGAAUGGCUGGCAGAACAGCAAAAGAGUGAUGGUUCCUUUGAAGAGCAUGGAGAAGUCCAUCAUAAGGCCAUGCAGGGCGGAUCUGGAACUAAAAGUGCAUUAACUGCAUAUGUUCUACUUGCCUUCAUAGAAAAUCAGGCACAGAAAACUUUUAGCCAGGAGAUGGAUCGAGCUACUAAAUUCUUAGUAAGAGAGUUAAAGAAUUCCCAAGAUCCCUAUUUCAUUUCGAUCGUGACGUAUGCAUUCCAUCUGACAGAGCAUCCGGAAAAGGACAUGGCCCUUCAAAAACUUCUAAGUUUAUCAUCACGAGGUGUUGAUACUAUGCACUGGAAGAAGGAAAAGGAUGGAGCAUCUUAUUACAAACCUCAGUCCCAAGAUGUGGAGAUGACAGCUUAUGCCUUGCUGACUUAUUCCAUUCGAGGAGAUGUUGCUGGAUCGCUCCCUGUGCUGCGAUGGAUGAUCUCGCAACAAAAUGAGAAUGGUGGCUAUUCCUCCACACAGGAUACUGUGAUUGGAAUUCAAGCUUUGGCUUCAUUAGCAACCAGAUUGGCAUCUACAUCCAUAUCUAUCAAUGUAACUUACAACACCAAGGAUGACAUGAAGAAAUCUUUGAAUAUUAGUUCAGAUAAUGCCAUGGUCUUGCAAAAAGUCAUACUUCCUUCCGAUAUGCAAUCUGUGAAUAUCCAAGCUGUUGGUUUUGGUGUUGGCAUUAUACAAGUUUCAUGGUCAUAUAAUGUAGAAUCAACUGAGAAAAAGCCUGCUUUCGCUAUUAAGCAAGCAUUGGGCAAAGCUUCAACUGAUGACUUCAUGGAGUUAGACAUUUGUACAAGGUACACUGAAAAAGGUUUCAGCAACAUGGCUGUCAUGGAGGUUGGGUUGCCUUCAGGAUUCCAAGCAGAUUCUGAAACCUUUCCGGCCAUGAAAAUGGAUAAAGUAAAAAGAAUUGAAACUCAAGAUGGGGAUACGAAUGUUGUCAUCUAUUUUGACAGGAUUGGUGGUGACGAAAUGUGUGUCAAUGUUCCAGCAUUUCGAAAUCAUAAAGUGGCUAAUCAGAAACCUGUUCCCAUUCGAGUGUAUGAUUAUUAUGAUCUAUCUAAAAGUGCAAGGAUGUUCUACGAGCCAAAAGCCAUCACCCUCUGCAGACUGUGCGAAGGACAGGAUUGCGGAAAUGCGUGCAAUGAGUUAUCGGGUGGUAUCAGUUCUGGAAACAGUGUGCUGUGCAGUGCCUUUUCGUUAGCAACGGCUUUGUUCCUUGUUAUGGGUUUCUACAGAAGAGUUCGCUGAAGAAGCAGAGUUCAGAAGAAUGCCAUUCAGUUGUUGCGAAUUACUGACAUUCAUAUGCGAGUCGCAUUAUAUCAAAAAGUGAUCUGAAGUGAGAAGCCUUUUUCUAUACAGUUGCGAAAUGACAGUGCCUGUGAAAUAUGCCACAGCAGCACAAAUGUGCAGUGGCUCAAGAUUUUUUUAAACCUUCAAACUGUAUGGAUACAGAUGAGACUUGUAGUGAAAUGUCACUAACUUAUGUAUUUUAUCAUGAUCAUAAUGUUUCAUGCAAAGAUGUUGCAGAAGUCUGCAUCCAUUUAAUGUACUAACAUUCCAUGAUUUUAUUUCAACUAUUUUUUUGCUUAUUCUUGUGUUAAGAUUCAGUUUUUGGUUCUUACAUCGGUUUUAUAAGUUCUUGUUGGUGUUUUAUAGAUAUGACUUAUGUGGACAUUUUGAUUUGGAACGGAAAGUUCAAUGAAAAAAUUAAAUAAUUCUCAAUGUUUUUCAAAGGUUGAUUCCUAACUCGUAGAUUGAAGGUUAAAAUUUUAGGAGAAAUGUGGGUUUUUGCAUCUCUAGUCAUUUCUGGGUUUGGAUAGUUUCAUUGGUCGGUCUAUUUUCAAGAUGUCCAUAUUAUACUUUCAUAUAUAUUUUUUUCAGUCAUAAGUAUAGUAAAUUUCUCAGUUAAAAAAAUUUUUUAAUCCACUUUCUUUGUAUAAAGUGUUUUAAAAUUCUGGAAUGUAUUUAUUUAAAAAAUAUUUCAUCAAAAAGUUUCUUCAUGCUAGAAAUUAACAAAUUAUUUUCUAUUUUUAAAUUGUCUGAAAUGCUCCAAGAUUUGUAAAUAAAAAGAAUAUUUAAUUUGAUGAAGAU